UCUAUAGGAAGAAACAGAACGGUUCAGAGCACUGAAGAAACAGUCGACUUUCAAACAUUGAUGCUGGGAUAUUCCUUUACCUUUGGCUGUAAUCACAAAAGUAUACAGGAUGGAGGAGAUGUUUCUGCGAGUAUGUGUGUUGCUGGUCAGUCUGGUGUGCCUGAAGGACUAUACUGUCUUUGAAGAGCAGGAUCAUAGCGUUAUGGACAUGAAAGUGGGGGGUCAUUUGCUGCAGAAGGUGGGGGCAAAGCUGGAGCAGGAAGUGCACUCUGUUGCCGUUGAGCCAUCACAAGUGUCACAAAGUCAUCACAGGUUGACAAAGGGGGAGAGCGAGGAGUCUGAUGUUCAACAAAUCCUGCCAAAUGGCAAUAUAGAAAGUCCACAUGAACACCAAAUGCCAUCAAGAGAAGGCCAGAAUAUUUUGCACCAGAAGCUGUUGACAGAAGACAAUCAGGAUGAAGUACUAACGGACAAAACAGUUGGCAAAGUGUUGGAACUGUCCCCAAAUGUAGACCAUGCAGACCUUCUGCCAGACAAGUUCCUCUCUCCAAAAGAUGGGAUACAAUCAGACAUUGUACCUUCUGGCCAGAAUGAAACCAAGCCAAAGGGAAAUGAAAAAGUGAGUCAGGAGGAUGGGGAAUCAGUGCACAAGAGGGAAGAUCCCCACUCUGUUAAUGACAUGGAGGCAUCAAGUGGAGAGUCUUCUCAUGUGGAUCAGACAGGGCCUGCUGACAAACAAGUAUCAUCUGAAGAGGUCAAGGAAAUUCCUCAGGAGGAACACAAGUCAUUUUUUCAACAGACAGUAGGUAGAUGGUUUCAGGCUUCACAAGAAGUGCAUACAUCUCUUGAAAAUGAAUCUUUAGAGGAGAGUAAACAUCUACAAAUGCAGGUUAUGCGUAAGAGAGAGGAGAUUACCCAAAUAGAUGAGAGUAUGUCUAAGGUUGAUCAAGGAGACUCUCAGACUGCUGAAGGGAUACCACAUGCAGACCAAAAACCCUCCAACCCAAGUCAAGUGCAGACCAAAGCUUUACAAGGAGAACACUUUAAGUCAGAGAACUCCUACACUUGGUAUUUGUGGAAGGUCCUCUCGCUGAUGUCAGUGAUCCGUCUUCUUAGGAAAUUAAUUGCCAGAAAUUCAAGAACCUCAGGAAGAACGAAUCCCAUCUUGAUAGGCGAGAAACUCUCUGGAACUAUUAACAUAUCAACUAAACUAUCUAUUUCUGACCACAAAGUUUUGAGUCGCUUUUAUGAAGAGUGUGUCCAAAUUCCUCCCAACACACGUGAGCAGGUGUGCGAUUUUGUGGAGGGUUUUGUGGAUGAGCUUCUUGAAGCUGUGAGGGAUACUAGCAAAGUAAAUGACAUGCAAAUUGGGGACUUUGUCGGUAUCGGAAGCUUAUAUGAGCUUUGGGCUACAGGUAAGACAGUGGUGUGUGAUUUAUAUGUUCCCAUCACUGCACCAAAGUCAUACAGCUUUGACUUUGAACUUGACAUGCCAGGCUGUGGCAGAAUCAAAUUGGUGAAAGUUGAAAACACCUCAAAUGGUUGCCCAUGCAAUGAUGGAGUGACAGAUGAUAUGCUGUGUCUAAUUCAUCCACAUAAAGACACAAACUGUGUAGUCAUUGAUGCUGUUGAUGGUCCACUGUGCCAAGAAAAUACACCCUAUCUUGCCAAAACACAAGUAAUCAAAUGGUUCAGGAAGACCAUUAGCAAAGCAUGGGGAGAAAACUGUCAUAAAUAUGAGUUUGAGCUUGCAUUUCAGAACAAGGCUGCUCCAGGGGCUUUGAAGGUACGACUUAGGUCAGGACAGGUACUUCUGUUCAACAUCACUCCUGUGAUCCAAGUCAAAGGCUCAGACAUGUAUUUAAUCUCAUAUCUUCUCAACCAAUACAGCUUCUCAGAUACCCACUGGCCAAUUUCCCUCACUAGCUAUGAGAAUGCCCUUCUUAAGCACUUCACCAAAAGCCUUCCAAAUGAUUCCUGUCAUAUUCAGUGUCUUCAGAUCCUCUCUUUCCUGCACAAACAGCAAAUCCGACUAACAGGAAAAUGUUGGCUUACAAGUUACCACCUGAAGAUUACAUUACUACAUCUGCUCUUAGCCACUGAUCCUCUGGAAUGGGAGAGUGAGCAGUUAGACGGCAGAUUAACAGAUAUGCUAAUAUAUCUUGAUCAGAGGCUUGAAGCAUGCAACUUCUAUCACAGUUUAGUUGGAAACCCUCUUGUUCCAAGCAUCAUUGGACUUCCCAAAGAAGUUCAGUUAGCCAAGCCCCCUAACAUUUUUCAACCACUGGUUUCAGAUAGACCCUUGUACUUGAAAACUGUUCAACAUUUACAAGAGCUGGUGAAAAAUGCUCCUGUGCUUAUCCAUGAGUAUGUUUUGGUUAAAUGCUUAGAGUCCUAGAUGAAUUUUAAAUCACCUGCUUUUAUUCAUUCUUGUUUAUGAAAGCCAGAUCCACGCUGAUUAUAAAGAUUACUGCUUGCAAUAUUGGACUUUGUACAUUCAAUUUUAAAUGGGGCAAAUGUGGCCUCCAAAAGUAUCUUAUGCUAUGCUUAAAAUGUGUGUUCUGUUCAUUGUGUUGGGAAACAAAACCAAGCCCAUUUUUAGUAAAUGCCACCAUCCCAAGGCUGAUUUUCUUUGUGGCAGAAGUACCCUUUCAAAAUGCAUAUCCCACCCCAGAAGCCAGUGUACAUGACCAGAAGAACCUGGUAGAAUCAUACCCAACAUAUCCAACAGUUAAGCUGAAGCUCAGCUUCUGAAUUGUUCUUUUAUUUGUACAAGAGACCAUUUUUCCUGUAUUAGUCAAUGUACAGUAAAAACUCAACUUGCAGCAAUGACUGCAAUUUACUAAUUUUCUCAGACCAUACAGCUUAAACAUCCAUAUUCUCCUCUGGAACAAUAAGUUGAUUAGGACAGUCCAUCUCCCAAGGAUUGCCGAUCAAGGCAGUCCAGCUCCCAAGUACUGCUGGUAACGGGGGUAAUGGGCACUGUAACAGAAGUUCAGUUAGCUUAAAUUAAAACACAUGACCAAGCCAAAGCAAACUUAGCAUCUCUGUUGCAUUAAAAACAUCUAUUGUGCAAAAAUGUUAAGCUAGGGGUCAGUCUUAAAUAAGAGGUCACUGUGGCUGCAAGUUCUCAUUCCAGUAAAGCAGUACAGCACUCAAUUGUAUCCAAUUAAAUCGGACUCUCUUUGAUCAGUUGAAGUGGCACACGCCUGCAUGGUUGGAAUGAAGACUGAUCAUGUGCAGGUUUGCAGCCAAGACUUGACCCCUGUAUUGGGCAAGUCACUAUAGAAGUGCAAAAUUGAGUCAUUAAAUUAAUGCGAUAGUGACCAACCUGAGGGGUCUGGAGCAGGGCAGGAAGUGUCGCAGCAUGCACAAACAGAGUCCUCUCCAUACAGCUCAGACCAUCUUGGACAUAGUAAUGAGUGACCAAUUUAUAACAAGCAUAAUGGCACCAAAAAGUUUGCACUUUUGGCAUUUCCACCAGGCAGUGUGGCACCAUACCGUUACAAGUCUGAUCAUUGGUAAACUGCUGUACCCAAGUACCCAUGUUGAAUUUGGUUAACCUUUGUCACCCCAACCAAGUGUGCAAGCAAGAACCUACAGGGUUGAACUAGCAAUGGUGCAAACCAUUAAUGGGUCAAACAGUCCCAACCCCUUAUUCCUAGAACUACUCAUAUCAACAGGCUAUGAAUAAUUUUAGUAGCAUUUGUAAUGGGGCUGUACUUUGCUGCCUGGUGAAAAAUUGCAUUCGUUUCAAUUUAUCUUACCGUUUAGUAUCCAUAUUGUACCAACAUGAUUUUAAGCUUGGUGUGGGUUUUUCUGGUCCCAAGGCCAUCUCACAAUGAAUAGCCAUAACCUGGAUAAGUCAGAUCAGCAAGACAACUAUUCACAUGGGGUUUUCUGUAGUUAUUUUCAGGCUGUAAAGUAAUACACCAUGUAUACCAAUGCUGUAGCUUGUAACACUAAAGCAUUGCACAUUUACUGAAAUAAAGUGUCUUACUAUAUUUACCUUA